AUGAGUGAAUCCUUUGACUGCCCUAAGAUAAUUGGUCUGAUCGACAGAGGAAUCAUUCCUGAAGAGUGGAGGAUCAUGGUUGCGGUCCCGAAAGAGAGGGAGUUCAAGCAGACUGAUGCACGGUGUUUUGGUAAGAUGACCUUCGAGAUGACGGCAUACCAAGUUGUCACAGAGUCCAACAUUGCUGAGACUAUAUUUAAGUAUAUUAAACACCAGUCCAUGACUCUCAGCGAAGAGCAGCUUACCAAAACACUGAAUAGGAUGAGUUGCCCAGGAGGAGACCACGAUUACAUCUACAUUGUGAUCGAUUUCUCCUCAUGGUGCACUCAUUUUCGAUCUGAACUUGUUGACCCUCUCUUUCGGGCUCUAGACGAUCUGUUUGGUGUCUCUAACUUGUACCAGUUUACACACAGAUUCCCCUUGAUUUCAAAGUUAUUGUUUCAGGAUAGGUACGCCCCCCCUGACCAGAGUUCCUCUGGUGAACCGAUUGAGGGAGCCCGCUGCGUGCAUGGUCCUGAGGCAUGGCUUGAAGGAUUGCGGCAGAAGGGAUGGACUCUAGCUUCAAUCAUGAUCAUCCUGUUAGCGGCUUACAAAUGUGACACCACCGCUUCCUUACUUGUACAGGGAGACAAUCAGGUGAUUGUGCUCAGGAUCCCAUCCAAGCAGUACUUGAGGGAGCGUAAUCUAACCCCCGACGAAUACACUGUGCAGUUUCUCCAGGUGUUGGAAGAAACAUGUACAAAAUCUGGUAUUGUCAUCAAGGUGCCGGAAUCUUGGAGAUCGCGCAGACUCCUUGAAUUCGGAAGACGUUACUUCCUAGAUGGCGUUCAGGUGAGUGGGGCCAUUAAGAAAGCAACAAGAAUAACAAGCGAGGCCAACCAUACUAUCCUCACUAUCAAUGCAAUCAUCGCUGGUCUCUUUUCCAGCGGAGCCUCGAUUGCUGGAGAUGAUGAAAGCCCCAUACCGGCCUAUCAAUUGACGCCGAGCCAGCGUAACUUGUACGGUAAGAACCGACACAGAUGGUCAACAAAUCCUCGUGACCCGCGCACACGUACAAGUAGUCGUAAUGUGAUACAUAUCGUACCUGGUCCUUCUGGAUUGGCUAAAGAGGUCUCGGAGCCAAGGGAACUAUUUCAGCUUUUUGUGACGGAAGAAAUGAUCGAUGCCUUCGUGCAAUUUACAAACGCAGAUAUUGAUAUAAAGAAUAAUAAGUACAAACUUUCAAAAUUCACUACUUCUCAGACGUCGGCUAAUGAAAUCAAGGCUUUACUGGGUCUACUUAUUCAAUCUGCUGCCCUGAAAAGUAACCAUUUGCCAACUCGGAUGUUAUUUGACACAAAAAAGAAGCGCAAACACCUAUAA